CUCGUGUGAGGCAGGUCGACCAGAGGCGGUUACCUUUGUGUAUGGACGCCGGAGGUGAGAUUGCAAUGGCGUCACCCGAGUAUGAGGCGGAGAAGGCCAUGGUGGAACAGCUGUGGAGCCGGCGGGAUGCCCUGCUGUCGUCGUUAUCGGCCCAGGACCCGUCAAGGCACGGAUUCAUCGCACGCACUGUAAGGACCAGUGAGCGAACAAAGGAAACCUGACAGCGCGUUUGUUCCUCUCCCUCUGUCCGCCUUCCGUGUGCAGGCACUUCUCCGGAUAUUGCGGGGACUCGUGGGGCACGGAGUCAUCCAAGAGGAGCUGCUCAGAGAUGUGAUCCGAGCCGACACACUGUAGCUAAUGUUCUUAUCAUGCCUCGCGUCUGCGAUAUGUGAUGCCUGCAGGUUCUGGCUGCCUGUGCAGUGCGCCCUGCAGGUAUGUACAGCCCUCAUCGUUGCGACGGGACGUCCGCCUUGGUUGUUUGUGUGCGAGCAGCUGGCGCGCACGGAAGGACCAGGCCAGAUGCCAUUAACUAUCGCGCGUUUGUGCGGGUCAUAGAGACGGCACAUCAUCACAUCCGAGAGGGCGACCGUCAUUUGUGCUCUCUUCAAGGGCCCCACGGCUCGGCCCCCAGGACGACAUUGCAAUCAGUGCCUCAGCCGGCAGCAGAGGGGAGGAGAGUGCAGCAGAAGAGGGAUCAUGAGCCGCCCGUCUGUGCCCUCACGUCUUCUAGCUCAACCGUGUCUGAUGGUCAGUAAGCAGUCAGAAGACUCGCUCUCGUCUUAUGGCUCUGUCAACCCUCCCUUGUCCGGUGAAGGGCUGCAGGCAGCGGGCACUCACUUGUAAGACAACCCGCGUCAGGUGGGCCCUCAGGCGUCGAAUGAAGCUUUUUCGGCUCCCCGGCCUUCCCCUCGCCCCCUCUUCUCUGGCACUCCGUCAUUCGACCCCCUCCCCGGUCUGCCCUUCUCCCUCGCCGGACCACCGGAAGCCGACAAAUCGAGACGCAAGGAAGAGAGAGCCAGGAGUGAUGCCAGAAGAGAGAAUGGUGUCACAAAGGAGGAGGCAGGAAGAGAACAUGCGAGGAAAGGUAAUCGCUUUCAGCGUGAGGAAGCCCCUGUUAAGCCCCAGCGAUGGGCGCCUGAGAACAAGGAGGACGGUACGAGAACGGACAAACCAUCAACAAGGAGAGAGGCCAGUCCAGUGGCAGAGCGCUUCCAGCGGCUGCUCAACGCCGCAGACGGCCUGGAGAAGAGACCCGCGAGAGACACCGCCCGUGACAACUACUGUCUUCGUGCCCCCAGCACUGCAACCUCUGCCACCAAGGCCCCCUCAAGCGCGUGGAGCUCCUCUGCAUCCGUGCCGUCGAGGGACGGCAAUCGCGAGGCCGAGCGCCCUCGUGAAGCCGACACGAAGGUCCUGUGGAUCGAUAAGCUCUUGGACGAGGGAAAGGUCAGCAGGAGGCGGGACACACAAGUGGCGCAGGACACGACUGGUGCCACUCCGCUGCCGAGGUAUGUGAAAUCUCCGCUCAGUUUCCAAUCCUUCUUAUGAUCCCUCUGUUGGCCAUGCGCAGGGCACGGAAGAAUAAGUGCGAAAGCCACGUGUCUGCAUCCUCGGCGGAUGUCGAUUCUAUCGCGUCAUCCGAGCUCAUAGUCAGCCCAACAAACCCACUGCCCAAGUGGCCUCGGGCUCGACUCACCAAAGCAGCUCCAAAAACGGCUCCAAAAGGCGCUGGCCAUGUCAAAUCGAGACACAAGGCAGAAAAGAGCCCCAAGAAGGCCGAGAAAAUGCCAGAGAGCUUUCCGUCGAGAAGACAGCUGCGUGCUGCUGGCGUGAAGGGCAUGUACCUGGUGAUGAGCAAGGGUCUGAGACGGCAGCUGCGGCAGUCCAUGUCCCAGUGGAUAAAUCAUGUCUCCUCCGCCAGCGAGACACCGUCCUCGGACGAUACGAUUGCCACCUUUCUGGCUCACUCAGCGACGGCUGGAGCCUCACCGAAGGAGGAUGAGAGACUGAAUGCGGAAGAGGCCCUGUCGCUUUGCCAACAGGCAACGGCAACGUGUUCUAUCGUGUGGCUGACCCGUACGGCUGCCCAGCGGCAGGAAAGAAUCGCAUUCAUGAGAAUCAAGGCCAACAGAUGGACCAGGAAUACAGCCACCCAGACGUGCCGCAGGAGCCUCGAAACGGAGAAAGACGAGAUGGGCAGUCGUGUGGUGCGAGGAGUUCUGCCAUUGACGACCGCCGCGAGCAAGCCAUCUGGAAGGCACGCGCGAGGCACCGGCAGCGGCGGGGCCUGUUCGCUGUGGGAUGAGAAGCCGACCCCUAGAUUCGCGGACGAAAGGCCCAGCCAGAGUGCCUCUUCGACCGAGACACAGCACCAUCACAGCCACUACCACUUCCACACGCCGGCUGGGUGCAUCCGAAGGGGCGGUACAUCGACUGCCUCGUCAUCUUCUUCCUUGCAGGUGCGUGCGGGUCAAGUGAGGGAGCUGCUGGAGACGCUGCACAGGAUCUCUGCUGUUCUGGGGGAUGAUGCAUGAGCGGGAACAUGAUCGGGUUCACUGCAGUGACAAAGACGCCUUGUGUGUUCAUGAGGACGCCCGAAUGAAUGAAUGAGUGAAUGGUUGUUAUAAGGGCGUGUUUGUGUGAGUGGUCGAUCUGCACUGGCUGGCCACCUGGGGAUGGGCGGUAUGUACGUAUGGAGUCAUGGUGCAGCACGCACGCACGCACGCACGCACGCACGCACGCACGCACGCACGCACGCACGCAUGCACGCCGCCUUCAGGCUGCUGGGGUGGCGUGUGUGCGACGUUGUGGUGCCUGCUCGAAUGUUGCCGUCGUUCGCAGCGCAUUGCAUAUCCACCUGUU